UUAAAGAUUGGCCAGGUUCGCGUGAGAAGCGAUCGUGCCCUCCGUGCCCCUCUGCCCCCAGGGGGCACGUCGGGAGCGGGGGGGGAAAUUGGCGACGGAACGGCACGGGGACGCGGGGAGGAGGGAGCUGCUAUUUGGAGGGGGCACAAAGGGGACCCACCCCCAGGCACUUGGGGACAUCGCGUGCGAAGGGGCCGGUAAAGACGUGGGACGGUCACUCUCUGUCACGCUAUGGGUGUGUGGGUGGGAAACGGCUUUUAAAGGGCCAGGGCGGUGGCCCCACGUCCAGGAGCCCGGCCCGGGGUCAGGGCGGCGCCGGAGCCGUGCACGAUCAGGGUCUCCCCCACCCCGCGCCGUCGGGGGUAACGGGGCUCGGUGCCAGGCGUGUCCCCAGGGCAAAGCAGGGCUCAGCAAUGCCACCGCGAGUGUCCCCACUUGGGGACGACACGGUGGCAGGGUCAGCCGUGCGGCCGUCACCCACGAGCACCCACGCUCACAAGCAGCCGUCCCGAAGCUCUCGGAGCUGCUCGCCCCGUCUGCGUAUCCAUCCAGUUACACCCCCUCCUCCCUCCCCCCCCCAGGCUUGUUUCUCAGCGUUUCCCGUCCGUCUGAGCUCAUCUCCCGUGUGCUGAUCAGCACCUUCCCCGAGCCGGGCUGGGAGGCAUCUGCGGGCUGGGACGCCUGUGUUGGUGCCCGUCAUUAGCGCGUGCAAUUACGGGGCCGGCUUUUAGCAGCGGGGGUUUUGUAACUGUUCUCGCCAAGCGUUAAUGAGCCCGGGCGCUGCUAUUAACAAUCCCGCUCGGGCCAGAUGUUGAAAGCCUUUAUUAAACAUUAGCUCAGCUUGUACCUGGGCAAAAUUCCCACCGUGCUUUCCAAGGACCGGAUGAAAGCUGGGGCCAGAACCCCAAAUUUUAUCCCACCUCAUCAGCCUCCCUGCUGCUCUGAGCACCUGUGCAUCGCACCGAGGUGGGAUGCAGUGUUCCUACCGGGGCAAGCGUGUGGGACGAGCCCUCUGCAAUGCCCCCAGCCUUGCCCCGGUCCCCUGCCCUAUCUCAGUAGCUCCCCUUGCCCUGCCACUCCUCUCCCCGCUGCGGGGGAAGCGCGCCAGCCACUUCUCACGCAACCCUGGCCAAUGGUUAACCCGAGGCCAGAGGUCCCGCCACCGAUAGCGUGGCGAUACAGGUGCCCUGCUUGAAGGGCUCGUGUCCUGGAGCAUCUCGGAGCUGGAGGGUGUUCGCCUGCGCGUCUGGAGUGGUUCCAGGUGGGCUCAGCCCCCCUGUUAAUAGGUAGCCACCCUUCGAGUCCUGGCUUCUGUGACCCUCAGAUAAGCGCCCAAGAACGCAUAUAAAGCCCCAUGGCAGAGCUGGGCAGCAGGAGGAGAGGAUCCCGCGUGGUUCCAGGGGCUGGACGCCCUCUGCCUCUCUCUGACCACCUUCAAGGACCUGCAGGUCGGACUGCGUGCGUGUGGCUCUGAACACAGAGGUAGGAUCGAGAAGGUAUUUAUGUCAGCAGAAGAAAUUCAUGGAAUGUCUCUCCCAUCCCUCUCUUUCUCCAGCUCUCUGCUCUGUUUAAGGUGCCUCCUGCAAAUCCUGACUCUCCACCACUCUUCCCCUUAGUUCCUUCCAGGUGGCAAUGGGGCCGGAGGAAGUGAUGGUACAGGUGGGCAGCCCAGGGCUCAUCUCGGCCACCGAGGUGCUGGUGGCAGCUGCCACUUUCUGCCUGCUCCUGCUGCUGACCCAGACCUGCCGGCAGCGCGUACCCAAGGGGCUGCGCAGCCCCCCGGGGCCCCGCGGGCUCCCCGUGCUGGGCAGCGUGCUGGAGCUGAGGAAGGACCCGCACCUGGUGCUCACCCAGCUGAGCCGCAAAUAUGGGGACGUGAUGGAGGUGACCAUCGGCUCCCGGCCCGUGGUGGUGCUCAGCGGGCUGGAAACCAUCAGGCAAGCCUUGGUGAGGCAAGCAGAAGACUUCAUGGGGCGCCCCGAUCUGCCCAGCUUUAAGUACAUUUCUGAUGGGCACAGCCUGGCCUUCAGCGCCGAAUGGGGGGACGCGUGGAAAGCCCGCAGGAAGCUGGCACAGAACGCCCUGAAGACCUUCUCCAUCACCGCCAGCCCCACGGCCUCCUCCAGCUGCCUCCUGGAGGAGCAUGUCACCACCGAGGCCAGCUACCUGGUCACCAAGUUCCUGCAGCUGAUGGAGGAGAAGCAGAGCUUUGACCCCAACAAAUACCUGGUGGUGUCGGUGGCCAACGUCAUCUGCGCCAUAUGCUUCGGCAAGCGCUACGACCACAACGACCAGGAGCUGCUCAGCGUGGUGAGCAUGAACAACGAGUUUGGGGACGUGGCUGCUGCUGGCAACCCCUCUGACUUCAUCCCACUGCUCCGGUACCUCCCCAGCCGUGCCAUGGCUGCCUUUAAGGACGUCAACACUCGUUUCAGUGCCUUCAUACAGAAAAUUGUUCGGGACCAUUACACCACCUUUGAUAAGAACAACAUCCGAGAUGUCACCGACUCCCUCAUUGAGCAGUGCAUGGAGAAAAAAGCUGAAGCCAAUAGUGCCACGCAGAUCCCGAAUGAGAAGAUCAUCAACCUGGUGAAUGACAUCUUUGGAGCAGGCUUCGACACCGUGACAACCGCCCUCUCCUGGAGCCUCAUGUACCUCGUGACGUACCCCCACAUCCAGAAGAAGAUUCAGGCAGAGCUGGAUCAGACCAUCGGCCAGGAGAGGAGACCACGGCUGUCCGACCGGGGCAUGCUGCCCUACACAGAAGCCUUCAUCCUGGAGAUGUUCCGGCACUCCUCCUUCAUGCCCUUCACCAUCCCGCACAGCACAACCAGGGACACGGUGCUGAAUGGCUACUACAUCCCAAAGGACCGUUGCGUGUUUAUCAACCAGUGGCAAGUGAAUCAUGAUGAGAAACUUUGGAAGGAUCCACAGACUUUCAACCCAGAGCGUUUCCUCAAUGCUGAAGGGACCGAACUGAACAAAGUGGAUGCGGAGAAGGUGAUGACUUUUGGCCUGGGGAAAAGGAGGUGCAUUGGGGAGGUCAUUGGCAGGUGGGAGGUGUUCCUUUUCCUGUCCACCUUGCUCCAGCAACUGGAGUUCAGCAUCUGUGAUGGCAAGAAGGCAGACAUGACGCCUAUAUAUGGACUGACCAUCAAGCAUAAGAGAUGUGAGCACUUUCAAGUCAAGAAGCGCUUCUCCAUGAAGAGCUCGAACUAAGCAGUUUAUCCAUAGCCUGGAUAUUGCCACUUGGGUGCCCUUAUAGCAGACCUAGGUGUGGCAUAACCUCACAGAACCAUGCAAUAAACGAAAGCCAUUGAAGCUCCUCAUUUUGUCUUGUUCACUUUCUAGUGUUUGCUCACCUUUUUCAUUUCCUGGCAUUUCUGGUGCUGGAUAUUCCAUCCCGUCUUCUCUUAGCACCACAAACUACAUUUGUGGGGAGCUCAAGCUGCCAUUUGACAGACGGAUAGGAAGUGUACCCCAAACCAGACCAUCUGAACACCUUGGGGCUGUAUUCCUUCAGAAUUACUCUUUGACAGCCGAAGGACAGCCAGCCCACACCUCAAGAUCUUGGCAGAUCUGAUGUCCAAAGCUUGGGUGGGGAUGAGGAUGAUGCUAUCCAUGUCCAGCCAUGGUCACUGCUUCUGGACUACUCUGGGGACACAUUUUCACCAAUUGGAAUUUACUUUCAGUGGAGAUGUGGUUGCAGGGAAAAAUUCUUGGAGAUUUGGGGAAAAUAUCUCGGAAAAAUGCUAAUACUUCUCCAAGCCCUCCGAAGACAGCUGGUUUCCUUGUUUCUACAUUGUGUUUUUAAUCUCCCGACUGACUUGUCCCCCCCACGAUCCCAUUCAGGAGCUUUAGUGCCUCUCUGAGAAUCUAUCAGACAACCUCGCACCAGGCUGUUGGUUUUCUGGGCUGGAGAAGGGGUGUUUUCACAAAAGGGAGAGGAGAAUAGGACCUUCUCCAACUUAAACCCAAAAGUUUACAUUGGCUGUCAGUCAACCCCUACCAGGAGGGCCAGAUGCCUCCUCUUCUUGCCCUAGUACAGCUUGUUGUUCGCUUGCACGCAACCCAGAACCUGGCACGCAAUGAUAUGGGAACAAGUACAACCACUCAGUGCAGCACGCACCGCUCUUGAACCCGUUCCCAUGGGUUGCAUCUACUCAACCAUAACAACAGACCCUAACCAAUGAGAGCUCUCUUCAGGUCCGAAUACCGGCGGCUGGUAACUGCAUACAUGGAAACACGCCUUGGACAGAAACUUCCAAGAAGAGAGAAAAACAAAAGAGCCCGUUGGGGAAGGAAAUGGGGAAGCCGAUUGCCCAAGACCUCAGGGAGAUUCCAGCAAGAGCAGGGAGGUGUUCAGACCCGUUAAACCAGCAGGAAUGGAAGGAACAACUCUUUGUCUGCGUAUGUCCAGAUGCUGCCAAUGGGUGUAGAGGAUGAUGAGGCAGGAAGAAGGUUUUGGAGCCCAGGCUGAUCUCUGCUCUCAGCACUGAGACAAAUGGAAGACAAAUUCUGCUUAGCUUCAACGAGGAUGUUGAUGUAGCUAUUUCCAGCACAUUUCUGAGUCAAAAGUUCCUUUGAGCUGAGGUCACCAGCCUUGGAGGAAAUGUGGAAGGAUGGCUUAGGACAAUGCAUGUGGUCCAUUAGUCAAAUAGCAUCUCCCCUACCUUCAACAAAAGCCAUAGGUAAAGGCAAUAGAGUCAGGAUCCACCUGUCCAUGGGGGGCAUCCCAAGGACAGCCCAGGGAAGGUGGGAUCAUCACGGACGUGGGGCUGAGCUUCUCAGCCCUUAACUUGGAGGAAGACCUCCAGGACCACCCCGUUGUGGUGUCAUGCCACCUCCAUGGUGUGUGGAGGCUCCCACGGACUUGGCCAGCGACUCUGGUGCUGGUGCAGGACCAGAGUCCCAUCAGCUGGAGCCAUUGCGUGACUCUGACCCCCCGAGUCCUGGUGCUGGCUGCUGAUAAGGCCCGCAAUACACAAGUGCAGAUAUAAAGGAAGAACAUGGGGGCAAUUUUUACUCUUUAGAGAUGAGCGUUUUAUAGCCCUGGGGCCGAUAACUGGAUUAAUAUUAACAUCCGUGAGGUGAAACAGCCCCUUGGUGGUGGUUCCUCGAGAAGUGUUUAUCAAGGGCUGAUUGCUGCCCCCGGGGUCACUGGUGCCUGAGGGCAUCGGGCAGAACCAGAGUGAAAGUCACUGCAAAGCCAGGAUGGGGAAGGGAGGGAGAAGGCAGGAGGAGAGUGGAAGGAGAGCAAGCAGAGAGCAGCAAGGAGACCUUUUGGGGCAGCUCUGGAAGGGAGCAGGGCUGCCGUACAAGUUUGGUCUUGCCUCCUCGGACAUUCUUAGUGUGUCCUGGCAGCUCUCAUCAAAGUGUUCCCACGCUGCACCCACAGUUCUGCCCUUCCUCCUCUUCUCCACCACCUCCCAAUAAGCAAAUCCAUCGAUCACUGCCACGCCAGCACCAAUUGCUUACACGGCUCCUCUAUCUUUGUCUUUCCACAAAUGAUUUUCCUCAGUUAAAGCCUCAAUUUACUUCCCAGGUAGCUUGAGAUUGCCAUGAUUUCUUUAUGGGGACCUUUAUGGGGACCGGAGCUGUGAUAAGCCAGGGGAGCUUUGAUUGCACCACGGCUAAUUGCUUUUAUUGGUGCUUUUAAAAUGAGUCAGCACUGAGCCAUGGCCUCUUGGCUCCGGGUCCUCCUGCCAAGCUGGCAAGGCUCCCUGGUCUCUUGAGCCCACAGGGACAUGUCCAGCUGGGAUGGAAACCUGAGCUCAGGUGAAACCCAGCUCCUCCACCUGGAUGCCAGCAUUUGGAGUUCUCAGUUCCCCAGAGGAGUUGCUCCGGUACUUAAUGACCCUCCCCAUUAAAAGAGCAUCCUGUAUAUUUCUAACCCAGCUCCAUCUCCCUUCUGUCCCUCAGCACUCUUGGGUGCCUGUAAUUAACGGCCAAACCUGCUCAGUUUUGCCAAGGGAGAAAUAAAUUGGCUCCUAAGCCAAGCUGGUGUCACCCACUGCUGUGACUGCCCGUCCCCAGAAGAGGGGACAGUCCCUCAAUGUUAGGAAUACUCUUGAUGCUUGACAUCCUAAGGCUCUGUGUUUCACUUUGAGCCCCUCAUUUCGGAGCCACGUGUGCUUGCUUUCUGCCAGGAGGCUGUGGUGGUACCUGAGCACGGUGAGUUUUGUUCCUGCAUCCCUGCUUGCUGUGGGACAUGGUUAGUGGGCAUGGUGGUGACGGGCUGGUGGCUAGACGAGAUGAUCACAGUGAUCUUUCCAACCUUAAUGAUUCUAUGAGAAGAAGACCUACAAAGACCAUGUCUCCUUGCCUCUCCACUUUCAGGACCAAGCCAGGCUUUCCUCUUCCUUCAGCCAUGGGAGCAGCUGUGUUGCAGUGGGAAGAAUGGCUGGUUUCUUUCUCUUGGGGAAGAAAACCUGCUCCCCACCACGGAGCAUGGUUCUCUGAUUCUAUCUCCUGGGGCACUGGAGCUGGUGGGACUUUCUCUGGGCCCCAUGGGGUGCACAUGAAGGCAGGUGAGGAUGGAGUUUGUCCCCAGGUUGAGGCACAGCAAAGCAGUCACAGUGAUAACCACUUCCUGCACACCGAGGGCUGCCUGGGACAAGUGGGGGGCUGGGGGCAGCGACCCCAAUCCCUGCUCUCCUCUGGCUCCCUGCAGCCUUCACCUGCAUCUGGCACGCUGGGAGUCCCCGCGGCAACCCACUCCCUUCUGCUUUAAUUAAAACCCUCCUGGAAACGAGGGGACGCUCCUCGGAAAACGAGGCAGAACCAGAGAGCGGUUCUGGGGGCCGGCACAUGGACAGAAGCACACGAGAGCCAGGGCUGAAUGUCCCCAGUGUGCAGCACCGGGCAGGGCAGCGCGGGUCCCGAAGCAGCGAUGCUCUCCGGAGCCUUUUUGUCCCCUCUGGGUCGGCUUUGGGACGUGAUCGCCCUCGUGUGGUAUCUGUCACAUCUCUGCCGUGCACGCACGGAGCUCUUCGCUUCCCGAAAGGCUGCGUUCCUGCUCCGAGCGUUUGAGGGAUGCUCAUGUGAAGGAUGCUCAUGGAGGGGGGGGAUGCUCAUUCGCGGAGGGGCGUGCUCAUUUGAGGGAUGCUCAUGUGGGGGAUGCUCAUUUGCAGAGUGGGAUGCUCAUUUGGAGGAUGCUCAUUUGGGGCGGGAGCUUUGCAUCCCCACUGCCCAGGAGCUUGCAGCGCUGCAGGACCGCAUCCACCUGCCUUUGGGCUCAGCUCAGCGUGCAGGUGCGCUGCUCCGCUCGCAGCAUUUCUGCCCCGGGGAGGGUGCACGGGCUGGUGCCCGCAUCCGCGCUUUGCUGCAAGCAGAGCUGCUCUCAUUUCCUCCCUGCACCGCUACUGAGUGAGGCAGAGCGUGGAGAAGGGAUGCACACGAGGAGGGCCAACCUGCACUCCAGCAUCUUUGGGGGCACUGAGCUCCAUGCAGAGGGCUCCACGGCAAUCCCCACGAUGCGUUCAGCGCCGUCGCUGGGCUGCUGGAGCUGUUGGCACCGACCUCCUGAUGUGUCACCUCCAUCGUCCCCUGCGCUGGGGGGGGAUGCACGCACCGUGCCGGGCUUCCUGCUUCGCCCUACAUGGCUGCGUGCAGCGUGGAGCAGGAAGUGACAGGCGGCUUUGCCCGUGAGCAGGCAGAGCCCGAGCGCUCGGAGCAGGUCGGCACGGAGCUGGGGCCAGGGGAGCACUGGGCCCGCCUCCCUCUGCGUAGAACCCCACAGCUGGGGGGUUCCUGCAGUCAUAGAAUUGAGUUGGAAGGGAUUCAGUCCAACCCCCUGCAAUGAGCAGGGGCACCCACAGCUCCAUCGGGUGCUCAGAACCCCCCCAGCCCCACCUCGGUGUCUGCAGGGACGGGGCACCGCCGCCUCUCUGGGCAACCCGUGCCAGUGCCUCACCGCCCUUAGCGCACAAAACUUCUUAUACCCAAGCUAAAUGUCCCCUCCCGCAGUCCGAAUCCAUCUCCCCUCGUCCUACCCCAGCACCACCCUCUCCGCAGCCCGCCCCUCCAUCCCGCAGCGCCCCGCACGUCUCCGCUCUCCGCUUUCCCCUAUCCCCGCCUGGGGUGCGGGGCAGUGCCGGCCGCCAGGGGGCGCUGCGGAGCCGCACGGCGCAGGCGCGCUGC